CGGUCAUACCGGCGAGUGCACGGAAAACGGUUGCGUUGCAGCGCUUUGCUCGAUUUAAAGUAAAUAAAUUAAAUAAAUAAAAUAAUAAAAACCUGCGGGUCGUGCGGUUGUGUGCGCAUACAAAUAAAUUAAAGUAAAUAGAAUAUGCGGUGCUUGCAAAAACGAGUUCCAAUUGAGCAGCAAAAAUAAUUAAAUUGCAUUAAAGAAUUGCGUUGUUGUGCGUCGUCUUUGUUGGUUUCAACGUUUUAGGAUUGAGCGCACGGAAAAUAAUUGUUUUAAUUCAAUGGGAUUACACAUAAAUUGCUAAAUCAGCUAAAAUUUGCAAAUAGUGUGCCAAAAUAAAGAGAGAAGCGAAACUAAAACGAGUUUUUGUGGAUGGUGAGAAAGUCAAAACAAUACGCAGAUAUAUUUAUUGCUUUAUAUGCACGGUGUUGUAAGCAUUUAAAAAUACAAAUCCCCUUGAAAGGCGACGUUCAAAAUUUCGUCAACGUGUAAAUUGAGUGGAAUUCGAUUUUGAGUGCAUUCUUCGGCGUUUGUUUUGAGUGAGAACGUAACCAGUUUACACGGUACUUAUAUAUUACCAAGUUGGAUCUGGCUUAAUCGCAGUUUGAGUCAUCCUGUAAUAACUGUCUGUGAUUAUGAGUUCGAAGUGAUCCACCACUGUAGCUGCAUCAGAAAGAGAAAUCGACUUCAGGACCUGAAACUCACUGCCAUCAUGUUUCGGUUGAUCCUCAUCGCCAGCCUGGCUCAGCUAAUCUUAGCGCAGGCAGAUCUAAAAGAUCUGGAUGGACCUAAUAUAUGUAAAAAAAGAGAAACGUAUCCUGUGGAAGUUGUCUUCACAGAACUGCAAUCUUACCAAGAACGCGGCGCCACUUGGUGCCUAACAUUCCCGUUACGUUGUUCCACCUAUCGCAUCAAACAAAGAGUGGUAAACAAGACCCAGACGAUUAGCAAGAUCCGUUAUGUAAGAGAUUGUUGCGAGGGCUACAUUGCCAGUGCAGGAGAAUGUGUGCCACACUGCUCGGAACCCUGCCAGCAUGGCAGAUGCAUAUCCCCGGAGAAGUGCAAGUGCGAUCAUGGUUACGGAGGACCUGCCUGUGAUAUAAAUUGUCCGCCGGGCUGGUACGGCCGGAAUUGCUCGAUGCAGUGCGACUGUCUGAACAACGCGGUUUGUGAGCCCUUUACCGGCGACUGCGAAUGCGCCAAGGGCUACGUCGGAGAGCGCUGUGCAGACAUCUGUCCAGAGGGCUUCUUUGGGGCCAACUGCUCGGAAAAGUGUCGCUGCGAAAACGGCGGCAAGUGCCACCACGUGUCCGGUGAAUGCCAGUGUGCGCCUGGUUUCACAGGUCCCUUAUGCGAUAUGCACUGCCCGGACGGGAAACAUGGCGCCCAGUGCCAGCAGGACUGUCCCUGCCAGAACGACGGAAAAUGUCAGCCGGAGAGCGGGGCCUGCAUGUGCAAUCCUGGCUGGACUGGCAAUGUGUGUGCCAACAAGUGUCCGGUUGGCAGUUACGGUCCGGGAUGCCAAGAGUCAUGCGAGUGCUACAAGGGAGCGCCCUGCCACCACAUCACAGGAAAAUGCGAGUGUCCGCCCGGGUAUCUGGGAGAGCGCUGUUUCGACGAGUGCCCUUUCAACACGUACGGCUUCAACUGCAGCAUGACCUGCGACUGCGCGAAUGAUGCGACCUGCGAUCGGGCAAAUGGAUCCUGCAUCUGCAAUCCGGGCUGGACAGGAGCAAAGUGCGAGGAGAGGAUAUGUGAGGCUGACAAGUACGGAUUGGACUGCAACAGCACCUGCGAGUGCGACAUGGAGCACACGGACCUGUGCCACCCGGAGACGGGAAAGUGCCAAUGCAGCAUCGGGUGGAGCAGUGCCCAGUGCACCAGACCCUGCACGUUCCUGCGCUACGGUCCAAAUUGCGAACUAACCUGCAACUGCAAGAAUGGAGCCAAGUGCUCACCAGUGAAUGGAACAUGCCUGUGUGCGCCAGGUUGGAAAGGACCUACCUGCGAGGAGAGCUGUGAGCCGGGUACCUUUGGCCAGGACUGCGCCCUGCGCUGCGACUGUCAAAACGGAGCCAAGUGCCAGCCGGAGACUGGUCAGUGUUUCUGUAAGGCUGGAUGGAAGAAUAUCAAGUGCGACCGUCCGUGUGAUCUUAACCACUAUGGACAGGACUGCGCCAAGGUAUGUGACUGCCAGAACAACGCCGCCUGCAAUCCCCAAAACGGAAGUUGCACCUGCGCCGCCGGAUGGACGGGCGAUCAGUGCGAACGGAAAUGCGAUGCUGGAAGAUUCGGACACGAAUGCGAACAGAAGUGCCAGUGCGACUUCAACAACAGUCUGGCCUGCGAUGCCACCAACGGACGAUGCGUGUGCAAGCAGGAUUGGGGAGGCGUUCAUUGCGAGACCAACUGUCGGAGCGGUUACUAUGGUGAAAAUUGUGAUAAAGUUUGCAGAUGCCUGAACAACUCGUCCUGCGAUCCCGACUCCGGCAACUGCAUUUGCUCCCCAGGUUGGACGGGCGCCGACUGCGCAGAGCCCUGUCCGCCAGGAUUCUAUGGCAUGGAGUGCAAGGAACGUUGCCCAGAGAUUCUGCACGGCAACAAGAGCUGCGAUCAUAUUACUGGUGAAAUUCUCUGCCGUACUGGUUACAUCGGACUCACCUGCGAGCACCCAUGUCCCGCCGGACUGUACGGCCCCAGCUGCAAACUCAAGUGUAACUGCGAGCACGGCGGCGAGUGCAACCACGUAAGCGGACAGUGCCAGUGUCUUCCCGGCUGGACCGGCGCAAACUGCAACGAAUCCUGCCCCACGGAUACUUACGGACAGGGAUGCGCCCAGAGGUGCCGCUGCGUGCACCACAAGGUCUGCCGCAAGGCCGAUGGCAUGUGUAUAUGCGAAGCUGGCUGGUCCGGCACCCGUUGCGACGAGGUCUGUCCGGAGGGAUUCUACGGCGAACACUGCAUGAAUAUAUGUGCCUGUCCGUCGGCCAACUUCCAGUGCCAUGCUGCUCAUGGAUGUGUGUGCAGGAGUGGUUACACAGGCGAAAACUGUGACGAGCUCAUCGCCUCCCAACGUAUUGCUGACCAAAGCGACGAUUCGAGCCGAGCUAGUGUUGCUCUGACCUUAGUUCUUAUGACCCUAUUCGCUUGCAUCAUCUUUGCUGUGUUCUUCUACUACCGCCGACGGGUGUCCAAUCUGAAAACGGAGAUUGCCCAUGUGCACUACACCCAUGAGACGAACCCCACAAGCUGGCCACCCAACCACAACUUUGAUAAUCCCGUGUAUGGUAUGCAGGCGGAGACGCGCCUUCUGCCCAACAAUAUGCGUUCCAAGAUGAACAACUUUGACAAUAGGAGCACGAUGAGCACGGAUUACGAUGACUCCAACGCCAGUGGCAGAGUAGGCAGCUAUUCGAUCAACUACAACCACGACCUGCUAACCAAGAACUUGAAUGCGGAUCUAACUAAUCCGAUCGUUUACAAUGAAUCCCUGAAGGAGGAACACGUCUACGAUGAGAUAAAACACAAGGAGGGCUACAAGGACCCCGUGAAAAUUUAUAGCAAGAUUUUGUUUCCCGAGGAUGAAUACGAUCACCUCGACUACUCGCGUCCCAGCACCUCGCAGAAGCCCCACUACCACCGCAUGAACGAUGCCAUGCUCAACAUUAACCAAGACGAGGAAAAACCCAGCAACGUGAAGAACAUGACCGUUCUGCUGAACAAACCGCUGCCACCCACGGAGCCGGAGCCGCAGCACGAGAGCUUCGACAAUACCAACACCAACCUCGACAAUGUGUCGACGGCAUCGCCCAGUUCCAGUCCGGAAUUUCGAAAGUAGACAUCCGGAACAGUCACUUCUCCCGCUGGUUAGCUCUUAAGUCAUCAACAUAUUUUAAUGUGUGUGUAUAGGGUUAACCUAUCCCAACUGGUACAUGCCAACUUUAGUUUACUAUAUUUCCUAGAACCUUAGUUGUUAACGUGAUUGUGUUGUGUAUUUUAGAGUAGCAUUUGUCUUGCAUUCGAUUAUGUUUUCUGUCAUUUUGUAUGUUCGCUCAGUAAGCCAUGUCUGCUCAACAAUUGUAAAUUAUUAUGCAGGGGCCCUUUACAACCCAUCAAUGGUCCUCACUUUUGUAAAUGUCUGCUUCACUGGCUCUAAAUUGUACUAACAUUAACGACUGUACCAUCUCGACUAACAACCUAAUUGAAAUCAUAUUAAAUUAAGUACCUUUAACACCUCUUCCUGUUAAAAUUGUGGAGUGUCUCUGAGACAGACUCGUCGGAUCUAAGGUUGCAAUAAUUUGUAAACAAAUCCAUGCGUAUACACAUUGAUAUCAAUAGCAUAAGCAUAUGGUAUUUAUAUUUUUAAUAAGCAGCUUACGUUUAGAGUGCAUAAACAAUACAUCAAAACCGAUCAUAUUUGGCAUCGAUAUUUUUAAUACGAUGAAAUAUUUAGCAGAAUAAUUGUUAUCAAAAUUAAACGAAAAUGUUUGGCCAAAAUUGUAUAAAACUCAGAUAAAUAGAUUGUAGAUCAAAUAUUAAGAACUAGGUCAAAUAUUGGAACAUUAUGAUUGUGUGAAAGUUAAUCCGAUUAUAACUCUAUCAAGAAAAGCAUUUUAGCAAGAAAUAUGUUAAUCUUUAUAUACACGAAUUCGAUAUUUUCAAAUCGCGAAUAAUAAAACCAUAAAAAUAUUUUAA